AUGCCAGUGGAAUUCGAUGAUAUUGCUAUUUCCGAUGAAGUAGUAUUGUUGGAUGACGGAGCUGGUGGUUCAUUUUUAGUAAAUGACAAUACGACAAUAGCAACAACAGAAAGCACUGAAACUGUAGGAAUGACAAACGAUUUAAACAUACAAAACAAAGGAACUGAUGAAUCAGUAUUAAAUCAAAAUGAUAUCAAAAUCAAAGACGAUAGGUUAAUGGAACAUAACGAAGGCAGACAUUCGCAGGAAGCCUUUAGAGUAAAGGAAGUGUGUCAAAUCAGAACCAAAGAAAUAUCUGAGAUAAGUGAUAAUGUGAUAUUAGAUAAUAGCGAUAAACUUGUAAAGACUGAAGAACAUGCUAAAGAUAACAAUUCCGUUGUGACGCAAAAGACUGACGAAUCACUAAACACUAAAGUUGACAACAAAUUAGAUAGUGGCAUAAAAGAAAACUCGAAAGAAAACAUUGAAGUAAAGAAUACGAAAACUAAUAUCUUAACUGAUGUUUGCAUAAAUCUUUUUUUAUGGGACAAACACUUGACAAUGAACGAUUACAAUAAAACAGCAACCGACGCACAGAAAAUUACAAAAACAUAUAUGCCAUAUGCAGUAACAAGCAAAACAUUUAAAGAAUAUUGUAAGCAAAAAGAAGAGACUAAGAAACAAAAUGCCCAGGAAGUGGACAAUCAAAAACUACAAAGAACUUUAAACAAACUUAAAAAAAAAUUAAAAAAGACUAAUAAAACAAAUAAAAAGGAAAAAGUAUCAACGAAAGAAAACAAUAAUAUUUUUAGUAGAAGAAAGCGGACCAAAACUAUUAGUAAAACUAAGAAGAAUAAGGCAGUGAUUGGUAAAAGAGAUAAAAAAUAUUUUAACGGUGAUGAAUUACCUCUAGCAAACCCGCAAGAUAAAUAUAACGUUGGUGAUUGUCAUUGGUGCUCUUUUACCCCCAACAGAGUAAGUGAAACCAGUGCCCUCGAUUCAGAUCAACUUCAUAAUAUACCAACCGCAAGUUGCUCCACUACUGCCCAGAUAGAAGCAGAAUCGAAUACAGAUGUUAGUUUUGAAAAAUUGCUUCUUGCGACUAUGAAAAAUCACACUUCUUAUGAGAAAGUAAAGAAAAAGCGGCUACAAACAGCCAAGAAGAAAAAUGAAAAAAAAUCUAAAAUUGACAGUUCGGAUGAUGAAGAAAAUGCGGACAACUUCAGUCUACACUCAUCUUCGAAAGAGGCAUCUUUAUCUACACUUUUAAGAAAAGAAGUAGAAGAACGCCAAGAGGAAGAAGAAGAAGAAGCCUUUAAACCUCUAGGCGAUUGGGCAAUUGUUAAAUUCUGUACAAAAAAGUCAGUAAAAUAUUUUAUGGGUAAUAUUUUGUCAUUUAAUGAUUAUGGAGAAGCUGUUGUUAGUUAUGUUAGGAAAGCGUCAGACCAUGCAGGCAUAACGACUUUCCAUUUCUUAUCUCAAAAAGACAUUGUACAUGUUAUUUUCCAUUUCCUAUCUCAAGAAGACAUCACAGAUGUUAUGGAAGAUGACAUAAUCUCCAUUUUGCCGAAACCAACCAUUCGACGCAGGGGAGAAGUGAUUUUUUCAGUAGGAUUUUCUCAGUAUAACAUACAGUAG